AUGCGAGCGGCCAGGCGAGCGGCCAAGCGAGAGGCCGUGCGAGCGGCCAGACGAGCGGCCAGGCGAGCCGGCACUGAGAGCCGGCGCUCAGAGCUGGUGUUAGAGCCGGCGCUCGGAGCCGGCGCUCACAGCCGGCGCUUACAGCCGACGCUCAGAGCCGGCGCUCACAGCCGGCGCUCACAGCCGGCGCUCACAGCCGGUGCUCAGAGCCGGCGCUCAAAGCGUCGCUCAAAGACGAGCGGCCAAUCGAGCGGCUAUGCGAGCGGCCAGGAGAGCGGCAAGGCGAGCGGCCAGGCGAGCGGCCAGGCGAGCGGCCAGGCGAGCGGACAGGCGAGCGGCAAGGCCAGCGGCCGGGCAGGCCGGCGCACAAAGCCGGCGUUCAGGGCCGGCGCACAGAGCCGGCGCUCAGAGCCUGCGCUCAAAUCAAGUGCUCAAAGCCGGCGCUCAAAGCCUAACUGCUAG